AAUCAUAUCAAAAGUUUUAUACAGCAUCGCUUAAGGAAUAUUUAUAUUGAAAUACUGCAGAAUGAGGUUGUUGUGUGUAAUCCUUACAAAUUUGAUCAUAUCGACACCCAUCUACGGAAAUUAUUGCUACGGAACGGAUAACUCUCCAAAAAGAAAUUAUGCCGAUAAAACGUCCUACGCAGAGUCACUAAAUUCAAAGAAAAAGGCGGAAGAGAAUGUUCAGAAUAAUUGCUCAGUUGAAUAUUUCUACUUCCUGUCUAGGCAUGGAACGAGACAAAACAAUCGAAACUCUAUAAGACUUUGGCACAGACAUUUUCCGUCAUUCCAACGAAAUAUUCUUGAAAAUCCUUCAAUUACAGGAUUAUGUCGAGAGGAUAUUGAUUUGAUAAAUAAAUGGUUUCCAAGAAUGAAUCCGGAAGAUGCAUUCAAAUUAGUGGAAACCGGUCGACAAGAACAAAUCUAUAUAGGACGACAGAUUAAAAAUAGAUUUAAGAAGUUCUUUGAAAAUCCUUCAGUUCUCGACGAGAGCGAAUUUCGUCCAACUUCCGAAAGAAGGAAUAGAGAUUCUGCUAAAGCAUUUCUAACUGGCCUAUUCGAUGAAAACACUGCAAAAAAUAUCACUCUUAAAGAACCACCCCAAAAUGAUACUCUACUUAGAUUCUACAGGCAUUGUGACAAGUAUGAAGCUACAGUAUCUAAUAAAUCACUAGUGGAAUAUGAUAAAUUUAUUAAAAGACCAGAAAUUGCGGAAGUCCUAAGGAAAGUAACUAGAAAGCUUGGCAAAAAUAGUCAAAUUUCUUUCAAUACCUUAAAAUUACUACACGAAAGCUGUUCCUUUGAAUAUGGCAUAUACGGUGAUGCUCCUUGGUGUAGCCUAUUAGAACCAAAUGAUUUGGAUGUUCUUGAAUACGCCAAUGAUCUUCAAUCAUUUUGGAGAGAUUCCUAUCCUCAUAAAAUAUCUUAUGAACAAACAUGUGAAUUAACUAGAGAUAUAUGGAAAAAAUUAAGUUUAGCUAAAAGUGGUUCGAAGCAGAAGAUUGUCGGUAGGUGGACCCACCUUCCUGCGAUAAAUAUGCUCUAUACAAGAUUAGGUUUGUUCAAGGAUGAAAAACAACUUUUACAUAGCAAUUAUAAGGAACAUUUAAAAAGAAAAUGGAAGAUGACUUUAAUAUCACCAAUGAGCUGUAACAUAGCUUUUGUCCUACUUCGCUGUGAUACCAACUAUAAAGUAAGAGUGUAUCAUAAUGAAAAAACUAUAAAAUUAGAAGGAAUUUGUAAAGAAAUUGACUGCGACUGGAAUGAAAUUGAAAAAGUAUUUAAACCGAUAUCGGAUAACUGCAAUUUUGAGAAAAUCUGCAAAGUCGAUAAAAAUAGUUCGGAAAAUUUAAUAUUUUAUUCUAAAAUAAUAAUCAUAUUACCAUUUUUAAUGAAAUAUUUGUUGAUUUGA